ACGUUUUUAGGCAACCUCUCUAAACUUACGAAGUGAUAUAUGGAGUAUACACAUGCGAUACCUUUACCCAGCUUCGGCCCAACAGAUUUUAAGCAGUCCAGCCCAAUUCGAAAUUCGGACCCUAAUUCCCCUGAAUUGAUUUUUCAAAUGUUGCCGGAGUAAACCUUUCCACCGUGAAUUCUUUGCUUCCCGGAACACUUUCAGAUCUCCACUGGCAUGAAAUUAUUGAAUUGUUACCAUAUUGCCGAGACUUGGAAUUUUUAAGUGAAUUCAGGGUGUAAUUAGGGCGAGUUCAGUGUAACAUCAUUGUAGAAAUACCAAUUUGUAGAGAAAAUGAAAAGAAAAAUGGAAAUCCAAAAUUCAGGGGGUUUAAUCUCAAAGAGACCUGUGAGAAAGAGGAUAGCUUCUAGGAAUUAUGAUGAGAAUUUGAUGGAUAAUUUCAUAGAUGAGCAGUUGGGUGGUUCGGUGGGUAAGAAGAUUAGAACGAAAAAAGAUUUGGAGAAAGAAACUGAAAAGGAGGCCUUGAUUGCUCUUUCUUUGGGCUUCCCAAUCGAUGAUCUUCUUGAAGAAGAAAUAAAAGCUGGAGUUGUAAGUGAAUUCGAUGGGAAAGAGCAAAACGAUUACAUCGUUGUGAGAAACCAUAUUCUUGCAAAAUGGAGGGAGAAUGUGCAUAUUUGGCUGAACAAAGGAAGGAUAAGGGAAACUGUAAGUGUUGAGUAUGAACAAUUGGUGGCCAUAGCAUAUGAUUUUCUUUUGAGUAAUGGGUAUAUAAAUUUCGGGGUUUCACCGUCAUUUGUAUCUAAUCUUCCUGAGGAACCUAGUGAAGGGUCUGUAAUUAUUGUUGGUGCUGGACUCGCUGGUUUGGCAGCAGCGAGGCAACUGAUGUCGUUUGGAUUCAAGGUAAGUAUCCUUGAAGGUAGGAACCGACCUGGAGGGAGAGUUUAUACUGAGAAAAUGGGAUGGAAGGGAAAGUUUGCUGCUGUGGAUCUUGGUGGCAGUGUUAUAACUGGUAUCCAUGCGAAUCCUUUGGGUGUUUUGGCUAGACAACUUUCCAUUCCGCUUCACAAGGUUAGAGAUAAGUGUCCUUUAUACAAGCCUGAUGGAGCUCCUGUUGAUGCAGUAGUUGAUUCCAGAGUUGAGCUCAUUUUCAAUAAGCUACUAGACAAAGUUACUGAGCUGAGAAAAAUCGUAAGUGGAUUGGCUAAUGAUGUCUCGUUAGGCUCCGUUUUGGAGAAACUUAGACGAUUAUAUUGUGUGGCUAAAACUAAAGAGGAGAAGCAACUUCUGCAUUGGCAUUUUGCAAACUUGGAGUAUGCAAAUGCUGGAUGCCUCUCGGAACUCUCUGCUGCCUACUGGGAUCAGGACGAUCCUUAUGAAAUGGAUGGUGAUCAUUGUUUUCUUGCUGGUGGAAAUUGGGGUAUGAUCAGAGCAUUAUGUAAAGGAGUUCCUAUAUUCUAUGGAAAGACUGUUCAGACAAUAAAGUAUGGAAAUGAAGGAGUUGAGGUCAUUGCUGGGGACCAACUUUUUCAGGCAGACAUGGUCCUAUGUACCGUUCCUCUUGGGGUACUGAAAAGAAGAUUAAUUAGAUUUGAACCAGAGUUACCUGAGAAGAAGCUUGAAGCUAUUGAUAGGCUAGGAUUUGGGUUGCUGAAUAAGGUUGCUAUGGUAUUCCCUCAUGUUUUUUGGGGCGAAGACUUGGAUACGUUCGGAUGCCUCAACAAUUAUAGCCAUAGACGAGGAGAGUACUUCUUAUUUUACAGUUACCAUACUGUUUCUGGGGGUCCAGUACUUAUUGCACUUGUUGCUGGUGAUGCUGCUCAACUUUUUGAAAGCACAGAGCCGUCCACUCUAAUUAAUCGAGUUAUGAACAUUCUCAAAGGCAUAUAUGAGCCAAAGGGAAUAAGCGUGCCUGAUCCUAUACAAUCCAUAUGUACAAAAUGGGGAAGUGAUCCCUUUGCGUUUGGCUCGUAUUCACAUGUUCGUGUUCAGUCAUCUGGCAGUGAUUAUGACAUACUUGCAGAAAAUCUUGGAGGUCGGUUGUUUUUUGCUGGAGAGGCUACGAUUCGACAACAUCCAGCCACCAUGCAUGGAGCCUAUUUGAGUGGCUUAAGAGAAGCUUCACACAUUUCCCAAUCCAUGAAAGCGAGGCUAAAUAAUCCUAGGAAAACUGUAUCAAAGAAUGUUCGACCAAGCAAUGAUGUAUUGGAAGAGUUGUUCAAAAACCCAGAUCUAGCAUUCGGGAAGAUCUUAUUUGUAUUUGAUCCCCUUACUUGUGAUUCUAAAUCUUUAGGACUCAUGAGAGUUACUUUUGGAAAAUCCAACAACGAAUUUAAUACAGAGGAGGCAGAUAAUAUGCCUCAACAUUUAUUAAAUCCAUCACUGCAGCUUUAUACAGUUGUGUCUCGUGAGCAAGCACGGGAACUGCAGUUGGUGAAGGAGGGAAACCAUUGCAAAUUGUCGGAUUUGCUUAAAGGACUUGGGUUGAAGUUAGUGGGAGCAAAUGGACUCGGAGUUCAAGGCCAUUCUUUGUCUGCUAAAAUUGUUAAUGCGCGAAAAGGUAGAAAAAGGAGUCAAAGCUGUACUGCCAAGCAUAAGGCAGGCAACAGUAAUAGUCAGUUACCUUGAGUAUAUAUAAGCUAACCUUCUUCAACAUAUUGUAUUAUGGUGCUCGCGGGUAUAUAUUGAGGAACUUGCAAUUCGCAUCUGUUUUGGUAGUUUCAAACCUUCCUACUUUAUGCUGUUGGUAAGGUCUCUGGUUGAUCUUACUGCUGCUGUUUAAUCUACUUUAUUGAUGAAUGAACCUUAGUGGGUUGGAAUAAUUUUGAAGCCAAUUAGUUACUCUCUUAAGGGUGCAAUUCUGCACAUAGACACUGGUCCUGGGUUGACUAUUAAAAGAUCGCAUAAUAUUGAAAUUGAGAGGCACAUGAAUGGGCACAUAGAUGAGUUUGACCAUUCUGAAGGUUCUAAAGAUGAUUACACUUCUGCAGCUACUCCCGAAGUUAAGCAAAUGUCUUUUCAUGGAAAUAUUGAGCUGCCUGAUUGGGCAAGCAACAUAACUUCUGUUUUGUGGAUUCCUGUGCGUGCUACCUGUGAUGAACUUCUUAAAGGCGCUCCUGCAGGUGCAGUUGUUCCACAGAGAUAGAACCUAGUGGAGGGACUGAGAACAAUAGCUUUGAAACUUGAAUUUGGGGUGUCGCGGAACCAAAUAUUUGAAAGGACAAUUGCUGUGCACUUCACUGACCCCUUCUCUGUAAGUACACGAGUUACGGACAAAAGCACUGAUAAAAAAUUGCUUUUGCAGGUAAUCUUUUCUGCCACUUCACUGACUCCUCUGAAUGUGCAUCCUCUGUGUUGAGAUCGCUGUUGCCAGAAAUGCAGACAAUUGUCUCUGAUGUCUGUAGUUCUGUGUUUUACGGAAUUGCAUCAUUUCAGAGUCGAGAAAUUGCAUGACUUCCAUUAAUGGUAACUCUCGCAUGGAUACUGUUUCCUGCUUUGUCUAGGUGAUACUGCAAUCACAAGUCCAAUCUACAUUGACCAUCUAUGACUCUUGGCUUGAUCUUCAAGAUGACUUUGCUCCCACUAGAAAUGGUGAUAAAAAGCCAAUCUCUGGCUUCUUCCCCUUAGUGAUCUCUCCUAAAUCUAGAGCUGAGAUUCUCUUCAGUGUAUGCCUGGCAAGUGCACCAAUAGAAGUGAUACCAAUAGUAGGGAGCCCAACUACUGCAUAUCAUCCACUACACUUUCUGCAAUACUGGGGAAAUCUUGGACAGCAUUUUUUCCCUGCAUGCUUCUGAUUAGUCAUCGACCAGAAAACAGAAAAUAAGAGGAAAUAUCUACUGGAGUUCACUAAGGAUAUUCCUUUGUGGACAGUUGAUAGGGAUUAAUUUGAAUUACAUGGAGAAGGAAAAUGCAUGCUACAUAUUUUUUUCUAAUUCUUGAAACUUAUCGAACUAUUUUAAGAAGCAACUUAUGAUAUUUCAUGACACUAGUUUUCACUCUAGCCUUUUCCUUUUGUGGUUUGCUUAGAAGAAACUUAGAUCCAGUGUCCCGAGAGCAUCGUAACUAUUAGAUCUGGUAUUUUGGGAGAUAGAGCUGCUGGUGCCAUGACCCCAAUGCUGAGGAACCUAGUGACUCAGAGUCUGAUUUUCAAGAGCUCUCUACCUGUGCUUGACCCUUGCUUUGUCGUUGGUUUUCUUCAACUGAUCGACAAGUAGGACAGGGAGAGUAGAAAGGUUAUAGAGUUAGGAGGAACUUCAUCAUGUAUUUUAACACUUUUCGCGUACUAAAGAUCUCUAAUCGAGUAAUGUUUUACUUUCACAACUUCAUUGUAUGAGAAUCAAAUAUAAGUUGAAGUUUCAAAACAUCCCUGUAAUACUAUAA